AUUGAAAUAGAAAGAUAUGAUAGAUAUGAAAGACAAAUUGCAAACUUUUAUAAUAACAGACAAGUUGCUCCUCUAUCAAAUGAUAAUACUCUUGCAAAUAAUAUUAAUGAACUAAAUUAA